AAUCGCAGUAGUCUUCCACUUAAUUCUCACAAAAAAAUCAAUCAGUUGAAAUAAACGUUACGAUCAGUUGUCAGAUUUUAACCAAAAUGGCUGCAAAACAAGAAUUCUUCAACCCUAAAACCGGAGAAAACCAUGGAAUUUUCGGCUAUAAAUAUUUGAAAUUUCACCGUAUGAGAGACCCAAAAUGGACGGCUGGAGACAAAAUGAUUCAAUAUGUAGGAAUAACGAAAAUCUACGAUCGUGACCGCAAACUGCAGGGACUGAAAACAAUUAUGGCCCGGAAGCACAAGCAGCAGUACACCCGAAGGGUGAACAAAUUGCUCAAGGACGAUACCGGUUACCUGCAUGUUGCGAAUGUUGGCGAUGCCCAGCGGAUCAAAAAUAUUUUUCAAGGCCACUAUGAGAUGCAAAAAGCGUAUCAUCCUUUGAUGAUUGAGAACAUUGUCGAGAAAAUUGACCAGAGAACUUUUGCCAAACGGAAAGCGCUGGACAGGCUAGUACACCGCUACAAGACUUUGACCGACUCUUACGAAAAAGAGCUGAUCAAGGUCUCAGAAUUGCAGGACAGAACGAAAUUUAUGGAUCCGCAAGAACUGUACGAGGAGAUCGAGGCGAAGAGCUACGAACUUGAGUUGCGACAUUGUGGCACACGUAUCCGUACGGCAGACGCUAUAAAUAGAGCAUAUAAUGAAAUAAUUCGGACGAUGCUGAAGGAUUCCAUCUAUUACGACCCAGUUCUCAGUGCACUACAAGAAGAUUUGACGGAACAAAACCGAUUCAUACAGAAAACUAGAAACACUGGAAUCCCGACAAUGAAAAACGUACAAAGCCUACAACACGAGUUUGAGGAUAUAGACAGAAAAACCAGCAAAGAACUGACGGAUAGAUUCAAUGCCCUUAUGGAACAUCGUGAAAUUUUGAACUCCAACAACAGACGAGUGAAAUCACUUGUUCGAAGAGAUAGUGAUUUCGAUGUAAACUCAUCACGGUACGAUCGAGACACUUGUAGCAUGGCAGAUCUGAAAAUUCAAAUGGAUGAGAUCGAGAAGAUCUUGAAACAAUUGAAAAAUGCAACUUCAUGUGGAAACCCGAAAGAAAUUUAUCCAAGAGUCAAACAACAAAUACGUGAUAGUGAGAAAAUGAAGAAAAAUAUGGAAAAACGAGAACACCAACGUAACAUUGCACAAAUUGAGGCGGAUAUCGCUGACAUGUGUCACGAUGAGCUAGCCAAUGAUUUCACUCCUGAUGAAAUACGACGAAUUGAUAAUUAUCGCAAAUUAGAAGAAAAAAUCAACACCGAAAAAGCGAAGCAAAAAGUUUUAUUGGGAAACAAGGCCGAUCUAAAAGAUACAACAAAUAUGCUUAAAUCUGCAUUUCAGCAUAUACUAGAUGUUCUCAGAAAUAUGGAAAACGGAAUGACGACCGCGUCUAAACCAGAAACUGCAAAUCCGAAUGAUUCGAUUUUAGAUUUACCGUUUCUUGACUUCAACCAAGCUAUGAAAAAUCCACCGCCAAAACUGUUUGAAGGAGAUCUUCAGUCAUUUAUCUCAAAAGCAAAAUACAAAAUAUCAAAUCUCAUGAACAUCUACCGUGACGUCGAUCUCACAGCAAAGCAAGAAUUGUUGAACAUGGAAUAUCAGAGCAACAUUCUUAAGGAAUAUAACGAACAGAACUUGAAGAGCAUGAAGGACAUAGGCAAAUCAAUAAUGGAAGGUAUAGUUAUAGAUGAUCCAAACGUGUACAGCAGAAAACAAAUCAAAGCAAUUAGCGCCAAUAUUGUAGAGAAGAAUAUGAAACGUGAAGAUUGAAGUUUAUGCAAAUUUGAAUACAUGUUUCUAAAUUCGAUUAUCCUUGAAGAACCAUCAACUUUGUUGCUGAAUAAACUGGUAGGUC